CGCUACAACGGCUUCCACUUCUGUGGUGGGUCCCUGAUCAGCGAGGACUGGGUGGUCACCGCUGCCCACUGUGGUGUCAGGAAAACCGACACCGUGGUGGUGGGUGCCUACGACCAGAACGCGCCUGGCCCUGAGCAGCAGAAGCUGAAAAUUGAGAAGGUCUUCAAGAACCCCAAGUUCAACAUGCUGACCAUCCACGACGACAUCACCCUGAUCAAACUGGCCACUCCAGCCCUGCUGUCGGACCGUGUGUCCCCUGUCUGCCUGCCCAAGGCCACCGACGAAUUCGACGGAGGCAUGACCUGUGUCACCACUGGCUGGGGGCUCACUGACUCUAGCGCCUCUCACACACCAGCAAUCCUGCAGCAGGUGGCUCUGCCCCUGCUCACCAACGCCCAGUGCAAGGAGUUCUGGGGCUUCCGCAUCCGCGACGUGAUGGUCUGCGCUGGCGCCGAUGGAGCUU